AAAAAAAUUUUUUUUCCCUUCAAAUGACUGGAUAUCCUUCUUUUACAAAUCCUCUAGUUGAACAUCAUUCCUCAGCAUUCUCAAUUCCAAUCCCAUUAAAUAAAUCUCAGAGUAUAUUAAAACCUUCUGGUGUUGUUCAAAAUUCAAUGGGAAUUAAUCAAUCGAAUGCUUAUUCAAAUUUAACGCUACUCAAUAAUUGUCCGCCAGUAAUUCAUUCAAACAAUAAUAUUAAUAAUAAUAGGAUGCAAUCAACUCCAUCGAUUUUAAAACAAGAUGAAUGUCCUCCAUUAAAUUGGUUAAUUUACAGUCAAUUAUGCAAUUUAAUGUACUCAAAGAUGUCGAAUAGGGUUUCAUACAAUAGCAAUAAUAAUAAUAACAAUAGUUGUAACAGUUUUAACAAUUAUGUCAACAAUCACAAUGACUUCUUGUUGAAGAAACAACAACAAACUACAACACCUUUGAUAACUUCGUCGGAAUAUGAAAAAGAUAAAAAAUUUAUGAAUACAUUCCAUAAUAAUUCAUAUUUCCCUACAGUCGACAACAAGACUAAUGUCUGUCAGAAUGAAAUAAGCAAUACUACUAUACUACUACUACUAACUAUUCUCAUAAUCUUCUAA